AACAACACCUCCUAAGCAAUCAGAGCUCAGACAACCAGAGACCAGUGAAGAAGCAGAAGCCCAGGAGGAGGGAAGGGCUCUAAGGAGCCUUGCUUCUCGGGGUUCCCUCAGGGACCGCUGGAGACCUGUCACUUGGUAGCAAGCACAAAAUUGGAAAUGUCGGCUUCCCCAGAAUCAAAGGACCUUGUCCCUUUCACUAGAGAUUCUCUUGAACUCAUAAAACAGCAUAUUGCUAAAAAGCACAAAGAGGAACAUGAAGAGGAAGAUUUAAAACCAAACCCUGACUUGAAAGCUGGCAAAGAGCUUCCAUUUAUUUAUGGAAACCUUUCUCGAGGAAUGGUGUCAGAGCCCUUGGACGAUGUUGACCCAUACUACUAUGUGAAGAAAAAUACUUUCAUGGUAUUGAAUAAAGAGAGAACAAUCUUCAGAUUGAAUGCAUAUUCCAUCUUCUGUACCUUGUCUCCUUUCAGCCCCAUUAGAAGAACAACUAUCAAGGUUUUGGUGCAUCCCAUUUUCCGACUGUUAAUUUUAGUCAGUGUCCUCAUUGAUUGCAUACUUAUGACCUUGAACAAUCCACCAGAAUGGGUACUAGCAAUAGAGAAUACUUUGCUUGGAAUUUAUACAUUUGAAAUACUUGUGAAAAUUAUUGCAAGAGGUGUCUGGGCAGGACCUUUUUCUUUCCUUGGAGAUCUAUGGAAUUGGCUCGAUUUCAGUGUAACUUCAUUUGAGCUUAUAAUAAGGUAUUCACUUCUAAAUUCCAGUCCAAUGUUUAAAACUGUAAGAACUCUGAGAAUUUUGAAAAUUAUUCCUUUAAACCAAGGUUUGAACUCCCUUGUAGAGACCCUGAUCCAUUGCGUGAAGAAGCUUUUUGGUGCCAUUACCUUAACCGUAUUUUCUCUGAGCAUAUUUUCUGCAAUUGGGAUGGGACUUUUCAUGGGAAACUUGAAGCACAAAUGUUUGCGAUGGCCCCAGGAACAUGAAAAUGAAACUCAGCACAACAGAACUGGAAACCCAUAUUAUGUUCGAGAAACAGAAAACUUUUACUACUUGGAAGGCGACAGAGAUGCUCUUCUUUGUGGUAACAGAACAGAUGCUGGUCAAUGUCCUGAAGGAUAUGUGUGUGCAAAAGAGGGCAUAAACCCUGAUCGUGGAUUCACAAAUUUUGACAACUUUGGCUGGUCUUUCUUUGCCCUAUUUCGAUUAAUGACCCAGGACUACCCUGAAGCACUUUAUCACCAGAUCCUUUAUGCUUCUGGAAAGAUCCACAUGAUAUUUUUUGUUGUGGCCAGUUUUUGGUUUGCCUUUUAUAUGGCAAGUUUAUUCCUAGGAAUACUUACUAUGGCCUUUGAAAAAGAAAAGCAGACAAUUGCCAAAAAAACUAAGAUGACUGAAACAAAAUCUCAACAGACCAUAAAAGAACAUGAAGAAGGCAUUGAAGGAGCUGAGACCAAAACCACACAAAUAGAAAUGAAGAAACGAUCACCAACUUCCAUGAACACCUCGUUGGAUGUAUUGGAAGAGACUACUCUUAGAGAUAAAAAAAAACUUAAAAAAUCCAGGAAGAAAUGUCCAUUAUGUUGGCAUAAAUUUACUAAAAGUCUUUUGAUUUGGAAUUGCUGUCCUUGCUGGUUAAAAUUGAAAGAGUUUUUCCAUAGAAUUACAACGGAUCCCUUUGCUGAUCUUUUUAUUAUGAUAUGUAUAAUUUUAAACAUACUUUUUUUGGCCUUGGAACAUUAUCCAAUGAGCAAGAAGACCAGCAGUCUUCUCAGCAUUGGAAACUUGGUGUUUAUUGGAAUUUUUACAGCAGAAAUGAUUUUUAAAAUAGUUGCCAUGCAUCCAUAUGGGUAUUUCAAAGUAGGAUGGAACAUUUUUGAUAGUGCAAUUGUAUUCCUUGGUUUAGCAGAACUUUAUCUAGCAAAUAUUAAAGGAAUGGCUCUUUUGCGAUCAUUCAGGAUGCUGCGAAUUUUCAAGCUGGGGAAAUAUUGGCCAACAUUUGAGAUUCUAAUACUGAAUCUUAUUAAAUCAUUGGUGGUCCUGAAAAACCUGGUCCUGCUGCUGUUCACGUUCAUUUUCUUUUCUGCUGUGUUUGGCACAAAGCUAUUUGGUAAGAGUUACAAAGAUUGUGUCUGCCACAUAGACAAAGAUUGUCUACUCCCACGCUGGCACAUGAACGACUUCUUCCACUCCUUCCUGAAUGUGUUCCGAAUUGUCUGUGGAGAGUGGAUAGAGACCUUAUGGGACUGCAUGGAGGUAUCAAGCCAAUCCUUGUGCAUUUCUUUUUACAUGAUGAUCAUUUUAACUGGAAAUUUAUUGAUACUUUAUUUGUUUGUGGCAUUGGUGAGUUCAUUUAGCUCAUACAAGGAUGUAACAACUGAAAAGAACAAUGAAAACAAAAAUAUCCAGCGUGCAAUGCUAAGGAUUAAAAAAGGAAUAAACUAUGUGCUUCUUAAAGGAUCAUGUAAAAAGCAAAAUCUACCAAAGGAAACAAUGGACUGUGCAAAUGAUACAUAUAUUACAGAAAAUAUUUCUGACCAUAGUCUUUCUGAACUGAGCAACACCCAAGAUCUCCUCCAGGAUAAGGAAAAAAGCAAUGACACAGAGAAAACCCCACUGACUGAAAAUGAAAAUCAAUCACUUAUGCCCAGUCCUAGUGUCUCAGAAACCAUACCAAUUGCUUCUGGAGAAUCUUAUAUAGAAAAUCUAAACAACAAGGAGAUUCACAGCAAGUCAGGCGGUAGAGAAAGCAAAGAGAAAAUAAAACCAUCCAGUUCAUCUGAAUGCAGUACAGUUGAUAUUGCUCUCUCCGAAGAAGAAGAAAUGGUCUAUGAACAUGAAAAGUCAAGAUAUAUUAAAAGUGGUUUUGGACAGAGAUCUUCACCUGGUAAAAUCAGUAGAGAAUCUCAGAAAGGAAAAAUCUGGCAAAACAUAAGGAAAACCUGCUGCAAGAUAGUAGAAAACAAUUGGUUUCGGUGUUUCAUUGGUCUCGUCACUCUGCUUAGCACAGGCACUCUGGCUUUUGAAGAUAUAUACAUUGAUCAACGAAAGACUAUUAAAAUCUUGUUAGAAUAUGCUGACAUGAUCUUCACUUACAUCUUUAUUCUGGAAAUGCUUCUAAAGUGGAUGGCAUAUGGUUUUAAAGCUUAUUUUUCCAAUGGCUGGUACAAGCUGGAUUUCAUGGUUGUUAUUGUGUUUUGUCUUAGCUUAAUAGGAAAAACUCAGGAAGAACUAAAACCACUUACUUCCAUUAAAUUCCUUCGGGCCCUUAGAGUUCUAUCUCAAUUUGAAAGAAUAAAGGUGGUUGUGAGAGCAUUGAUACAAACGACUUUGCCCACCUUGAAUGUGUUUCUGGUCUGCCUUAUGAUCUGGCUGGUUUUUAGCAUCAUCGGAGUACACUUAUUUGCUGGCACUUUCUAUGGAUGCAUCGACCCAACAAGUGGAGAAAGGUUUCCUGUAUUUGAAGUUAUGAAUAAGAGUGAAUGUGAAAACCUUUUGUCUAAUGAAACCAUGCCAUGGGAGAAUGCAAAAAUGAACUUUGAUAAUGUUGGAAAUGGCUUCCUUUCUCUGCUUCAAGUAGCAACAUUUAAUGGAUGGAUCUCUAUUAUGAACUCAGCAAUUGAUUCCGUUGGUGUAAAUAUGCAGCCCUCUUUGGAAAACAACCGCUACGUGUAUUUUUACUUUCUCAGCUUUAUUAUCUUUGGAUUAUUUCUCCCUCUAAGUAUGCUGAUUGGUGCUAUUAUUGCUAAUUUCAACAAGCACAAAGUAAAGCAGGGAGGCUCAAAUAUUUUUAUAACAGUGAAACAGAAAAAACAAUACCGUGCACUGAAGAGGCUGAUGUACGAAGAUGCUCCAAUACCAGUACCUCGCCCAAAAAACAAGUUCCAAGGCUUCAUUUUUGAUUUGGUAACACAUCCAGUUUUUAAUGUCAUCAUCAUGGUUCUUAUCUGUUUCCAAGAAAUAACCAUUAUGAUACAAAGUGAUGAACAAAGUCUCCAAAUGGACAUUGCAGUCUUCUGGUUUGAAUUAAUUUUUGUUACACUGUAUAGUGGCGAAUGUAUACUGAAGCUCAUCUCAUUCCGUUGUUACUAUUUUACCAUUAUAUGGAACAUUUUUGAUUUUAUGGUGGUAAUUUUCUCCAUUACAGGACUAAUGGUGCCUCUGACAAUAGGAUACUACGUUGUGCCUCCUUCACUUGUGCAACUGAUACUUCUCUCUCGAGUCAUUCACAUUCUGCGUCUUGGGCAAGGACCACAGGUGUUCCGUAAUCUAAUCCUUCCUUUGAUGCUGUCCCUCCCAGCAUUGUUGAACAUUGGUCUUCUCAUCUUCCUAGUCAUGUUCAUCUAUGCCAUCUUUGGAAUGUACAACUUUGCUUAUGUUAAAAAAGAAGCUGGAAUUGAUGACAUGUUCAACUUUGAAACCUUUGGUAGCAGUAUGCUCUGUCUUUUUCAAGUUACAAUAUUUGCUGGUUGGGAUGGGAUGCUCAAUGCAAUUUUCAACAGUAAAUGGUCUGAUUGUGAUCCUGAUAAAAUUAACCCUGGGACACAGGUUAGAGGAGAUUGUGGCAACCCUUCUGUUGGGAUUUUCUAUUUCGUCAGUUACAUCCUCAUAUCAUGGCUGAUCAUUGUUAAUAUGUAUAUUGUAGUGAUCAUGGAGUUUUUAAGUAUUGCCUCUAAGAAAAAAGCCAGGACCUUGAGCGAAGUUGAUUUUAGGAAAUUCUUUCAGGUAUGGAAGAGGUUUGAUCCUGACAGUACCCAGUACAUAGACUCUAGCAAGCUGUCAGAUCUCGCAGCUGCUCUUGAUCCUCCUCUUUGCAUGGCAAAACCAAACAAGGGCCAACUCAUUGCUAUGGAUCUUCCCAUGGCUGUUGGAGACAGAAUUCAUUGCCUUGACAUCUUACUUGCUCUCACAAAAAGAGUUAUGGGAAAAGACGUGAAGAUGGAGAAAGUCCUUUCAGAGAUAGAGUCAGGGUUUAUGUUAGCCAAUCCUUUUAAAAUCACAUAUGAACCAAUUGCAACUACUCUGAAACGAAAACAAGAGGCAGUCUCAGCAACCAUCAUUCAGCGUGCUUAUAAAAGCUAUCGCUUGAGGCAAAAUGACAAAAAUCCAUCAGAUGUUCAUAAAAUUGAUGGUGACAGUAAUGUUGAGGCUUCUAGUGAAGGUAUCUACUUUGAAAAAGCUAAGGAAAAGUCAACUAUUCAAAGCCAGAUCUAAUCCCUGCUAUCACUUUUCCUUUCUUCAUAUAUCUUCUAAAUGUUAAAUGUUUAAGAAAUCAAAGCAAAGAUCAGAGAGUAGAGAUAAUGAUCAAUUG